GUUCACCCCAGUGGCAUGUGAAGCUUGGUUUCCCCUCGAACCGCAUCUAAACAUUGCUCCUACUUCACCUUCCGCCACGUUACAACACCGACCCCUAAACACUGUCGCCUGGAGCGGCUCCUCGCCCUUCUUCCAUCCGUCUUCGUCCUUGGCUCCUUCGCUGCGCUCCCGCUCUGUUCACACUCAGCGCAAGGGAGCUCGACAAGCCGCCGGGGGAGAUAAUUCGACGCCAUGGCAUCUCCACAGCCGCCUUACGAUGGCGCGCCCAAUCCCGAAGAUGGACAGUACGCUCCAGGAGAUGAUUAUGGUCAACAGCAGCCUGCGCCCGCAGCAGCUCCAGCAAAGAAGAAGCGCGGAUAUGCUGGACAAGCAUACGAAUUUGGUGCUGGGGGAAAUGCAGCGGCAGGAGGUGUGCCGCCAGCAGGAGGGGCAUAUCCAGGCCAGCCAGCCGCACAAGCACCGUAUGGGGGCUACGGAUACCAGGCUCAACCUGUAGAGCCACAACAAGCACAGUAUGGCAUGCCCCAGCAGCCAGCUUACGGAGCGCCUGGAAUGGGCAGCCCAGCGCCUCAGAGUGCUGGCUUCCCACAGCCUCCCUAUGGCGGUCAAGGCGGGUACGAGGCUCCUGCGCCUGGAUAUCCGACACCUGGGCAACCUGGCGUAGCCGGCAUGACGCAGCAAUUUGGACAGAUGGGAAUGGGCGCGCAGGCACCACAGCCGCUUCCACCCCAGCAGCAAGGCGUACAGAUGCGUCUGAACCCAUUACAACCAGUGGAUAUCAGUGUACAAGGAGCGCCCUUCCAUGUUAGCGACUUGGACCAAGCUCCGCCUCCAAUCAUCCUCCCACCGAACUCUUCUGUCACGCCUUCGCCGCACGCGAACUGCUCGCCCAAAUACGUCCGAUCCACUUUGAACGCGAUGCCGGCGACGAACUCCUUGCUCAAGAAGAGCAAGCUGCCUUUUGCACUCAUCAUCCAACCAUAUGCGGCGCUGCACGAUGCCGAGGACGACGUACCGGUGCAGUAUGAUCAGGUCAUUGCCCGAUGCAGGAGAUGUCGAACAUACAUGAACCCAUUCGCGAGCUUCUUGGAUCACUCGCAUCGGUGGAGGUGUAACAUGUGCAACCUCACAAACGACGUACCGCAAAGCUUCGAUUGGGACAGUGUGAAGCAGCAGUCUGUCGACCGCUGGCAAAGACCUGAACUCAAUUACGCAGUGAGCGAGUUCGUUGCGCCUCAAGAAUACAUGGUUCGGGCGCCCCAACCAUUGAUUUACCUCUUCUUGUUCGACGUCAGCUAUUCUGGCGUCACGAGCGGCUUGUUGGCAACUGCUGCGCGAUGUAUCUUGGAGAGUCUGGAUCGGAUCCCGAACACAGAUCGAAGGACACGAUUGGGGUUCAUGGCAGUCGACAGUUCGCUGCAUUACUUCAGCAUUCCCCGAGAUGGAGGCGAGAACAACGAAGCCAAGAUGCUUGUGGUCAGCGACCUGGACGAACCUUUCCUGCCGACUCCUGAAGAUCUUUUGGUCAAUCUCACUGAGUGCCGCGCCAACAUCGAAGCCUUCUUGGAGAAACUGCAGGGCAUGUUUGCCAACACACAGAACAACAGCAGCGCGAUGGGUUCUGCUCUCCGUGCGGGCCACAAGCUGAUCAGCCAUAUCGGAGGCAAGAUCGUAGUCCUGUCUGCAUCGCUACCAAAUGUUGGCUUCGGCAAACUUGAUAUGCGCGAGGACAAAAAGUUGCUGGGUACCUCGAAAGAGAACAGUCUACUCCAGACGCAGAACAGUUUCUACAAGAGCUUCGCCGUGGAAUGCAGCAAGACACAGGUGUCGAUUGACAUGUUCUUGUUCAGCGCGCAGUACCAGGACGUGGCGAGCUUGAGCAACCUGCCGAGAUACACUGGUGGCCAAACGUACUUCUACCCAGCCUGGAAUGCUGCACGAACGGAGGAUGCGAUCAAGUUUGCUACUGAGUUCAGCGACUACCUGUCAUCCGAAAUCGGUCUUGAAGCUGUUCUGCGCGUGCGAACUACUACUGGACUCAGACCAAGCGCCUUCUACGGAAACUUCUUCAACCGGUCCAGCGACCUUUGCGCGUUCCCAGCUAUGCCCCGCGACCAGGCAUAUGUUGUCGAGAUUGCCAUUGACGAGAGCAUAACGAAAGCAUUCGCGUGCCUGCAAGUCGGUGUUCUUCACACGACGUGCAACGGCGAGCGGAGAAUUCGUGUGAUGACACUGAGCAUACCUGUCACCCAAAACAUGGCAGAUGUGUACGCCUCAGCUGAUCAGCAGGCGAUUACGCAUUACUUUGCACACAAGGCCGUCGAGAGAGCGCUCAGCAGCGGUCUCGAUGCUGCUCGUGACGCAUUGCAGGCCAAGAUCGUUGAGCUGCUUCAGACAUACAAGAAAGAGCUUGGAGGAGGCAACAUGGGCGGUGGUGGUCUCCAGUUCCCUGCCAACAUGCGUGCAAUGCCAAUGCUCUUCUUGGGUCUGAUGAAACAUCUUGGUCUCCGCAAGUCCUCACAGAUCCCGACCGACCUCCGCAGUGCAGCACUUUGCUUGCUGUCGACACUGCCACUGCCACUACUGAUGCAAUACAUCUACCCCCGAAUGUACUCGUUGCAUGACAUGCCAGAUGAUGCCGGUCUGCCAAAUCCUGAGACCGGCGCAAUUGUUAUGCCGCCUCCUUUGAACCUCACAUCAGGCAACAUAGUGCCUUUCGGAUUGUACCUCAUCGACGACGGACAAACACAAUUCCUCUGGCUGGGUCGUGACGCUGUGCCGGCUUUGAUCAACGACGUUUUUGGCACCGAAGACAAGAACCAAUUGAAGCAAGGCAAGACGUCACUGCCCGUUCUCGACAGCGAAAUGAACGAGCGUGUACGCGCGGUUGUCGAGAAAUCCCGAGACCAUCGUGGCAAAGGCUGCGGCAGUAUCACAGUCCCACCGCUCUACCUCAUCAGAGAAGAUGGCGAGCCAAGUCUGCGGCUGUGGGCACAGACUAUGCUGGUGGAGGAUCGGGCUGAUCAAGGAGUAUCGGGCGCCAUGUUCAUCGGGACCUUGCGAGAGAAGGUGGUAUCAUGAGCUUCAUAGCAGUGUUAGCUGAUGAUAGCUUUGCGCAGUGUUCGCAUCCUCUUUGGAUCGAGAGUUGAGACAUACGUACGACAGCGAGGCGCCGGUAGAAGAUGUAGCGGUAGCAUAGACUCAGCCAUGACUAUGAAAAGCAUUUCUACACUAGGCCCCGUGCGCGGCUUUCUUUGUCCUGGUGGCUUCGUAGGGUUCUUCUCCUGCACUGCAGUUGCCAUCAAUCGACUCACAGGGCACUUUGAUAACACAGCG